CUAUUUGCUCUCUUAUCCCCUAGGAUCAAACUAAGCAAAGAACGUAGAGAAUAAAAAAAAAAUGGAAGCUUGCUUUCUCUCAUCAAAUUCCUUCACUAAAAGUCUUGAGAUUGUGCCCUCAAUCAAGGCUAGAUCACUUACUUUUACUAAGAAAAACCCCAACCUUUUUCACUCUAGGAAAGUUUCUUUCCCAUCUUCCAUCACAUGCUGCCAUUUGGAUUCAUCUUCACCGUCGGAUGAUGACAAGAAGCCAACACUUGAUUCUGAUUGGCGUUCAUUUAGAGCAAGGCUAGUAGCAUUAGAGAAAGUAUCAAAGCCUGAGAACUCUUCAUCUUCCACCAAUCCUGAUACAGUAGUGGAUCACCCUCCAUCAGUUGCAAUAAACGACAAAUGGGUCCACACCAUCCAUGAGCCCGAAAAGGGUUGUCUACUCAUCGCGACUGAGAAGCUCGAUGGGGUACAUAUUUUCGAACGGACGGUAAUCCUACUUUUAUCAACAGGACCAAUUGGCCCAUCCGGGAUCAUCCUCAACCGACCAUCCCUCAUGUCGAUCAAAGAAAUGAGAUCACCGACCCUAGACAUCGCAGGGACAUUUUCGGACAGGCAGUUGUUUUUCGGUGGGCCAUUGGAAGAAGGGUUAUUUUUGGUGACUCCCAGAAUGGAUGAAAAGAGCGGGGUUUUCGAAGAAGUAAUGGAAGGGUUAUACUAUGGGACAAAAGAGAGUGCGGGGUGUGCAGCUGAGAUGGCGAAGAGGAAUGUGAUAGGGGCAGGGGAUUUGAGGUUCUUUGAUGGGUAUUGUGGGUGGGAAAAAGGGCAAUUGAAUGAAGAAAUUAGGGCUGGUUAUUGGACAAUUGCAGCUUGUAGUCCAAAUGUAAUUGGUCUUGGCAGUGUAGCAAGUGUUGUACUUUGGGAUGAAAUUAUUGAGCUUCUGGGCCCAAAAAAGGUUUGGUAAAAGGGAGAAAAUGUAUUGGUCUAUGUUAGAAGAAUCAAAACGAUCAUAUUCAUGUAAAUUUUAUAUAUACAGCUUCUUGCAUUGAAGAAACAAAAGCUUAAGAAAACACACAACAAAUUCUUCCAAUCACAACUUAAAAAAAGAAACAUCUUUCGAUGUUAUCAAAUUGUUCGAUUGUUGUAUGUAUUUUAUUUCGUCAAGAAGAAAUUGAUUCAUAAUCAAGCCUUUUGUGCAAAAGGCUUACCAGUUUUAAGCAGGGGCAGGGCUAGGCAGAGCAGUCUUUGAAACGACAUCAAAUGAAAUUCCAUUCUCUUGCAAUCGUUCU